AUGCGCUUCUCGCUCGCCGCCGCUCUCUUCCUUGCCAGCUCAGCCCUGGCUGUGCCCACCAUGUCCGCCUCAGAGCUCAGCCAGCGAUCUCUCAUCACGCAGGUCGGCAACGUCGUACUCCAGCUAGAAGAUGGCGUCGGUGUAACCGCCGUCGAAGGCACACUCGACACCCUCCUCGGCGGUGCUCUCCCCAAGGUUUGCCUGCUCCUCGUCCCACGUCCCCCAGCAGCAUGCAUCAGACUAACCCCCCUCGUGCAGCUCGAGGACGCGCUCGGCGUGACCUUUUCCGAGAAGCUGCUCGGCCUCUCCAGGAGUGGUGCCGGGCCCGGCGCCGUCCAGGCCGUAGGCGAAGCCGUUGCCAUGCUCCUCCAAGGCAUCGGCCUCCCUCAAGUCGACGCGUUCCUGGACAGCGCCACCGGCGGAGCCAUGUCCUCGUUGGAGGGCGCCCUGGGCGUGACGGACAUUGAAAAGGCGCUCCAUCUGUCCGGGGGUGUUUAG